AUGGAGCAGGUGGGUAAGAUUGUCCCCUGCGAACACUGUGAGACUAACAUGCUUGCCCAGAGCCUCUGUCAAAACAGUUUCCACUCUGAAGAGGCCCAUGGGACCAGGCACCAGGGACAGUCUGGCAACCACCUCUUCUUCACUUUGCCACGUGCCUUCCUGUCCACCUGCUGUCACCGGGAUGCCACCGGGGAUCUGGCAGCUCAAGCCCUGCCAGCGGUGGUCUUCUUGGAACUUGGAGAGCUUCUGCUCACCCCAGUCUCUGACCAGGCUUCAGCCUUGGCCUUAAGCUGCACAUUCCCCAGGGAGCCCCGGCCCGGCCCCGCGUGCCUGCCUGGCUCUCAGGAGCCCGGGAGCCCUCCUAGUGCUGAGGCGCCUUACUGUGACUUGCCCCGUCGCCCCCCUGUACCCGAGGACCCGCUCAGUGCCUUGACCUCCAGCUGCCAGUCCGUGGUGGGCCCAGGCCUUGGGCCAGGGCCCGAAAGGGGACCCCCAGCUGCCCCCAGAAGCAGGAGCCCAGAACUCGAGGUGGCGUCCUUUCUGGAGGGCUUGGCCUUCUCCCUGUCUGGCAGCUGCAACGAGGGCCCCGACUCUGGCACCAGUUCCAGCCCCAACGGUGACACCCCUGAUGAUACCAGCAGCUUGUCCUCUGUGGACUGGGACACUGUUGAGAGGCAGGAGGAGGUCCCCAGCGCGGACGAGCUCGCAAUAAUGAUCCCACGGAGGCCUCAGGAGGGGUCGAAGGCUGACAGUGCCCGAAGGGCUCCGUCUCUCCUUGCCAGGCCUCCUGUGGGAGGAGACACCGCAGGCCCGAGAAAGGAGGCACCACAGAGUGGAGCUCAAAGUGCCAUCCCCCAGGCUUCCUUUCCCCAUCGCUCUGUCCAACGGGACAUUGCCCAGGUUACUUCUACACAACGAGACAAACCCCGAGCCUCCUCUCCUCCCCGAAACACCCAACAGGACAACUCCAGAGCCUCAUGCACUGAAAAGGACAAUCCCAGAGCUUCCUCUCCUUCCCGAACUACCCAUCGUGAUAACCCUAGAACCUCUUCCACUCAACGAAACAAUCCUCAAGUUUCCUCUCCCUCCAGAACCACCCAAAAAGAAAACCUCAGAACCUCUUCUGCCCAACAGGACAACUCUCGAACUUCUCCCACUCGUACGCCCCAACAGGACAACCCCAGACUAUCCUGUUCUCAACGAGACAAUCCCAGAACCUCUUCUCCCAACCGAACCACCCAACGGGACAACCCCCGAACAUCUUCUCCCAACCGAACCACCCAACGGGACAAUCCUAGAACAUCUUGUGCCCAACGAGACAAUCCAAGAACCUCUUCUCCCAACCGAACCACCCAACGGGACAACCCCAGAACAUCUUGUGCCCAAAGAGACAAUCUCAAAACCUCUUCUCCCAACCGAACUACCCAAUGGGAGAACCCCAGAACCUCUUCUCCCAACAGAACCACCCAACAGGACAACCCCCGAACAUCUUGUGCCCAACGGGACAGCCGCAGAACAUCUUCUCCCAACCGAACCACCCAACGGGACAACCCCAGAACAUCUUGUGCCCAACGAGACAAUCCCAGAACCUCUUCUCCCAACCGAACCACCCAACGGGACAACCCCAGAACAUCUUCUCCCAACCGAACCACCCAACGGGACAACCCCAGAACAUCUUGUGCCCAACGAGACAAUCCCAGAACCUCUUCUCCCAACCUAACCACUCAAAGAGAAAAGCCCAGAACACCUUGUGCCCAACGGGACAAUACUAGAACCUCUUCUCCCAAUCGAGCCACCCAACGAGAAAACCCCAGAACACCUUGUGCCCGACGGGACAAUCCCAGAACCUCUUCUCCCAACCGAUCCACCCAAAGGGACAACCCCAGAACUUCUUGUACCCAACAGAACACCCUCAGAACCUCUUCUACCCAACGAGAGAAUCCUAAAACCUCUUGUGCCCAGCGGGAUAAUUUCAAAACAUCUCGUACCCAAUGGGACAACCUGCAGUGCUCUUCCACACCACAGAACAACCCGCACUCUUCUUCCUUGCAGUGGAACAACCUUGGAACCUCCUCCCCUCAAUGCUGUACCCAACAGAACAAUCCUGGACCAUCAUCUCCCCAUCGCUCCACUCAACAGAACAACCCCAGGAAUCCAUCUCCCCACCGUACUAACAAAGACAUUCCCUGGGCUUCCUUUCCCCUCCGGCCAACUCAGAGUGACAGCCCCCGAACCUCUUCUCCAUCUCGCACUAAGCAAAGCGAGGUUCCUUGGGCAUCCAUUGCUCUCCGGCCGACCCAAGGUGACAAGCCUCAGACCUCAUCUCCUGCUAGACCAGCCCAGCAUGACCCACCCCAGUCUUCCUCUGGCACCCCACAGCACAGCUCACCAUCCCGGGCCACCUCUUCCUCCCAUAAUGCAGGCUACCACAGUGCCUCCCGGACUUCUCCUCCUCUGUACCCAUUUAGCCGUGGUGCAUCCCAGACCUCUUUUGACCCUGCCCAGCCUCCAUGUGCUGUGUGCAUUGGGCACCGGGAUGCCCCUCGAGCCUCUUCACCACCUCGCUAUUUGCAACAUGAUCCCUUCCCCUUCUUCCCAGAACCCCACUCAUCUGAGAGUGAUUCUGUCCACCAUGAGCCCCCCUAUAUACCACCUGCUGUAUGCAUUGGGCACCGGGAUGCCCCCCGGGCUUCCUCACCUCCCCGCCAUGCCCAGUUCAACCCUUUCCCCUUCCUCCCAGACACAUCAGAUGCUGAGAGUCAGUCCCUCCAGCAUGAUCCUCCACAGUUCCCCCCACUUGUGUGUAUUGGGUAUCGUGAUGCCCCUCGGGCCUCCUCCCCACCACGCCAGGCCCCAGAGCCCUCCUCCCUCUUGUUCCAGGAUCUUCCCAGGGCCAGCACUGAAAGCUUAGUCCCCUCCACCGACUCUCUGCAUGAGCCCCCCCACAUUCCCACCCCUGUGUGCAUUGGGCACCGGGAUGCACCCUACUUCUCAUCACCACCACGCCAGGCCCCCGAGCCCUCCCUCUUUUUCCAGGACCCCCCAGGGACCAGUAUGGAGAGUCUGGCCCCUUCUACUGACUCUCUGCAUGGCUCCCCCAUGCUGCCUCCUCAAGUGUGCAUCGGGCACCGGGAUGCACCUCGAGCCUCCUCCCCACCCCGCCACCCACCCAGUGACCUGGCACUCCUGGCACUCUCACCUCCACCAGGCAGCUCAGGUGGCUCCCGGGGCUCAUUGCCCCCCGGGGAGACCAGGCACAACCUGGAGAGGGAGGAGUACACCAUGCUGGCCGACCUGCCCCCACCUAGGAGGCUGGUGCAGAGGGAGCCAGGGCAGGGCAGCAACGGGGGCCGCACCCGCAGCCCUGGCCGAGCAGAGGUGGAGCGCCUCUUCGGGCAAGAGCGCAGGAAGUCCGAGGCACCGGGAGCCUUCCAGGCCCGGGACGCGGGGCAGUCACAGCGGCCCGGCCAAGGUCAGAGCCAGCUUCUCCGAAGACAGUCCAGCCCUACCUUCAGCAGGGAGGUGACCAGGUCUCCCCCGAAGCAGGCAGAACCGGCCCGGCGGAGCCGAGCAGAGGCCCCUCACGCCAGAAGCCCCGAGAGGCGCCCUGAGGGGGACCGACGGUUCCAGGGGUCCUCACAGCCCCCCAGGACAUCAGCCAGGACCUUGGAGAUGGAUCAGCGGAGACAGAGACCUCUGGAGAGUGGCCAAGCGGGUCCAAGGCAGCCACUGGGGGGAUGGCAGAGUCAGGAGGAACUUCCAGGGUCCCGAGGCCCUCACAGACACCUGGAGAGGGACUGGUGCAGCCAGGAGGCAGCCCUGGGCCCUGGCAGCUGGCAAGGACUUGGGGAGCCCAGUCAGGGAGCCUCCAGAGCCCCUGAGGGCAUAGGGAGGGGUCCUCCCAGGGAGUCCAAGGAGAGCUGGGUGCAAUGUCCAGAAGCCUGGGAGAAGCACCCUAGUAACGGGCUCCUACAGGAGCUGGCCAGUCCCUGCCCACCAACGAGCCCCUCAAAGGACUCCUGGGUGGGCCCCGCAGAGUUCUCACAAUCCCGGGGGCUUGCGACAUCGGAUGCCACAGGCUGGGGGGCAGUGGGAGUAUGCCCACAGCUGUGUGACCCUGACAGGCAGCCUGAGCUCAGCUGGAGGGACCUGGUGAGCCUUCUCCAGGCUCAGGGCCAGGGGGCCUGGGCGGGCGCUGGGGAGCCACUGCUGACAGCCCGCCUGCCGAGGCUGGACUGGGAGGGCCUCCUGGAGCUUCUGCAGGCCUGGCUGCCCCACAGGGACCCGUCUGGACACUGGGGUGGCCCAGCCAAGUCUUCAGGGCCAGAACUGGGUCCCCCAGGCACAAAAGGUGCCCUGGAGCUAGAGCAACAGAGCCAGCCAGAAGCCUGGGUGGAGGCUCCCCUAGUCAAUGGACACAGUCCCGAGAGCCCGGCCCAGGCGCCCAGCCCUGCCUGCACCUCCACCCAGUGGCCAAAGACCAAAGUGACGAGUGGACCACAGAGCUCGACCAUGGCUGGUGUGGAGGAGCCGGGCCACUUGGGUAGCAGGAGCCCCACAGAGGGCCCCAGCUUGCCUGAGCAGGAGUUCCAACCAGAGGAGCCUGAGGACUCAGAACCAAGCAGAGGCCAAGACUCACUGACUGACCAGAAGCAGGCAGACUCGGUAGACAAGAGGCCAGCAGAGGGCAAGGCUGGGAGCCCACUCAAGGGCCGACUGGUGACCUCAUGGCGGAUGCCCGGGGACCGGCCCACGCUGUUCAAUCCGUUCCUGCUAUCUCUGGGGGUCCUCAGGUGGCAAAGGCCCGAUCUGCUCAACUUCAAGAAGGGAUGGCUGUCGAUCUUGGACGAGCCUGGAGAGUCUCCCUCCCCCUCGCUCACCAUCACCUCUUCUCCACAGUGGAAGAAGCAUUGGUUUGUGCUGACUGACUCGAGCCUCAAAUAUUACAGGGACUCCACUGCUGAGGAGGCAGAUGAGCUGGAUGGCGAUAUCGACCUGCGUUCCUGCACGGACGUCACGGAGUACGCGGUGCAGCGCAACUAUGGCUUCCAGAUACACACCAAAGACGCCAUCUAUACCUUGUCGGCCAUGACCUCGGGCAUCCGACGGAACUGGAUCGAAGCUCUGAGGAAGACCGUGCGACCAACUUCAGCCCCAGAUGUCACCAAGCUCUCCGACUGCAAUAAGGAAAACGCGCUGCACGGCUACAGCACCCAGAAGGGCUCGCUGAAGGCAGGGGAGCAGCGGGUGGGCUCCGAGGUCAUCAGUCGGGGCGGCCCACGGAAGGCAGAUGGGCAGCGGCAGUCCCCAGACUAUGUGGAGCUCUCGCCGCUGACCCAGAGCUCCCCACAGCGGGCCCGCCCUCUGGCCCGUGCUCCCGACCGCCUGGCCAAGCAGGAGGAGCUGGAGCGGGACCUGGCCCAGCGCUCCGAGGAGCGGCGCAAGUGGUUCGAGGCCACGGACAGCAGGAUCGCAGAGACGUCGGCUGGCGAGGGGCCACGCAGGGGCUUAGGCGCCCCCUUGACCGAGGACCAGCAGAGCCGGCUCAGCGAGGAGAUUGAGAAGAAGUGGCAGGAGCUGGAGAAGCUGCCGCUGCGGGAGAAUAAGCGGGUACCACUCACGGCCCUACUGAACCAAAGCCGUGGUGGGCGCCCAGGGCCUUCGAGUGACAGCCACGAGGCCCUGGAGAAGGAGGUCCAGUGUCUCCGUGCCCAGCUGGAGGCGUGGCGUCUCCGAGGGGAGGUGCCUCAGGAUGCCCCCAGGUCCCAGGAGGACAGCCACAUCCCCCCGGGCUACAUUUCACAGGAGGCGUGUGAGCGCAGCCUGGCCGAGAUGGAGGCCUCGCACCAGCAGGUGAUGGAGGAGCUGCAGCGGCAUCACGAGCGGGAGCUGCAGCGGCUGCAGCAGGAGAAGGAGUGGCUCCUGGCCGAGGAGACCGCCGCCACGGCCUCAGCCAUUGAAGCCAUGAAGAAAGCCUACCAGGAGGAGCUGAGCCGGGAGCUGAACAAGACACGGAGUCUCCAGCAGGGCCCAGACGGCCUCCGGAAGCAGCACCAGUCCGAUGUCGAGGCGCUAAAGCGGGAGCUGCAGGUGCUAUCGGAGCAGUACUCACAGAAGUGCCUGGAGAUCGGGGCCCUGACUCGGCAGGCCGAGGAGCGUGAGCACACACUGCGCCGCUGCCAGCAGGAGGGCCAGGAGCUGCUGCGCCACAACCAGGAGCUGCACACCCACCUGUCGGAGGAGAUUGACCGGCUGCGCAGCUUCAUCGCCUCCCAGGGCACGGGCAACGGCUGCGGACGCAGCAGCGAGCGGAGCUCCUGUGAGCUGGAGGUGCUGCUGCGGGUGAAGGAGAACGAGCUUCAGUACCUGAAGAAGGAGGUGCAGUGCCUCCGGGACGAGCUCCAGAUGAUGCAGAAGGACAAGCGUUUCACCUCCGGAAAGUACCAGGACGUGUAUGUGGAGUUGAGCCACAUCAAGACACGGUCGGAGCGGGAGAUCGAGCAGCUGAAGGAGCACCUCCGCCUCGCCAUGGCUGCCCUGCAGGAGAAGGAGGCCAUUUGCAACAGCCUGGCGGAGUAG